UACCUGGGCAGCAAUGGAAAAGUUAUAUGAUGCUGGCAAAGCCCGUGCAAUUGGUGUGAGUAACUUCUCAUCAAAGAAAUUGGGGGACUUGCUUGCUGUAGCUCCUGUACCUCCAGCUGUUGUUCAGGUGGAGUGUCAUCCUGGCUGGCAGCAAACUAAGCUCCAUAAUUUCUGUCAGUCAACUGGUGUUCAUGUUACUGCGUACUCGCCACUAGGUUCACCUGGUACAAGUUGGAUGAAUGGUAAUGUCCUGAAAGAACCAGUAAUCAUCUCGAUAGCUGAGAAACUUGGGAAAACACCUGCAGAAGUGGCUUUGCGUUGGAACAUUCAGAUGGGUCACAGUGUACUACCAAAGAGCACAAAUGAAGAAAGGAUAAAGCAAACCCUUGAUGUUUACGAUUGCUCUAUUCCAGAUGACUUUCUUGCAAAGUUCUCUGAGAUUAAGCAGGCUAGGCUUCUCAAAGGCAACUUCAUUGUUAACCCUCAGAGUGUUUACAAGACCCAUGAGGAGCUCUGGGACGGUGAACUGUAGGAAGGAUACCAUUGUUGAUCCUGAGCAGGGAGCAGCAUGCAUUUGGGCCUGUCAGUCAGUUCGUAUUUAUCUCUGAAUUUGGUAGUCAGGAAUGAAGGUUCAGUUGCACGGAAGCUCCGAUUCU